UCAGCGUGGCAGAAGAUGCUUCUAGGGUGUGGACGCCCAGCAGGGCAGAGGCCUGGGGGCCAGCGAGGGCUUGGUGAGCUCUGGAGCCCCACGGAGGCCAGCGCUGAGGCCGACAGCUCGGAGAGAGACGGGGCCCACACGCUUCGGGGUGCCGCAGCCCCAAGGCCAAUUCUGAGGGACCCGCGGUGCAGGUUAUGCUGGGGCCUGGAUCACCAGGGACAAACGGACACGAGGGACACAGCCAUGGGGGAUCAACAGGAGGACUUCGGAGAGGGGCUGGCAGCCCCAGGGCAGAGGCCUGGGGAGGAGGUGCUGGACAUCCCUGAGCACACUGCAGGCCAGGACAGAGAGGUGCCAGGCAUCCUGGACCACAAGGAGGGGCUGGAGGAGGCCCUGGAGCUGGAGGACUACGAGGACCUGGGGAUCCCUGAGCCCUGGAUGGAGGAGCCCCAAGCUCUCCCCAGCGCAGAGCCCACAGCCUCAGACUACGUCCCUGCCAAGCCACAGCCAGGCACCCAGGAGGUCUACGUGCAGCUGCAGGAGCUGGCGAUGGACGGGAAGAACGCGGAGCUGCAGUGGGUGGAAGUGGCGCACUGGAUGCACGUGGAGGAGAAUGUAGGGCCGCGGGGCUGCUGGGGCCACCCGCACCUGUCCUACCUCACCUUCUGGAGCCUCCUGCAGCUGCACAGAGCCUUCGCCAAGGGCGCCGUCCUCCUGGACCUGCGGGAGCGCUCCCUGGCCGGCGUGGUUGACGAGCUGCUGGACCGGCUGAUCUUCGAGGACCGGAUCCGGCCUGAGGACCGUGCACCCCUGCACCGGGCUCUGCUGCUCAGAUGCAGCCACGCCCAGGACCGGGAGGCCCUGCAGGGGGUGACACCGGCCGUCCUGACGCGCUCCGGGGACCCCUGCACACCUCUGCUGGCCCCGCAGCCCUCGCUGGAGACGAAGCUCUUCUGUGAGCAGGCCGAGGGGGACCCCCAGGUGCGCCUGGCUUCCGCUGUGCUGGAGAGGAUCCCAGAGGGCUCGGAGUCGGCCCUGCUGCGCGUGGGCCACGCCGACUUCCUGGAGCAGCCAGUGCUGGCCUUCGUGCGGCUGCAUGAAGCCGUGGAGCUGGAGGCCGUGGAGCUGCCCCGGCCUGUGCGCUUCCUCGCGGUGCUGCUGGGGCCCGAGGCGCCACACACCGACUACACGCAGCUGGGCCGUGCCUUCGCCACCCUCAUGUCCGAAAGGGUCUUCCGGAUGGAUGCCUACUUGGCGCAGAGCCGUGGCGAGCUGGUGAGCUCCCUGGACAGCUUCCUGGACUGCAGCCUGGUGCUGCCGCCCACGGACGCCCCUUCGGAGCAGGCGCUGCUCGGCCUAGUGCCCGUACAGCGGGAGCUGCUCCGCAGGCGCUACCUGCCCAGCCCCCAGCCGCCGGUGCCCAGCUUCUACAAGGGCCUAGACCUGAACGGUGGUCCCGGGGUCCCCGGAGGCCCGGAUGACCCUCUGCAGCGGACUGGCCAGCUCUUCGGGGGCCUGGUGCGUGACAUCCGGCGACGCUACCCUUACUACCUGAGCGACAUAACAGACGCGCUGAGCCCUCAGGUCCUGGCCGCUGUCAUCUUCAUCUACUUUGCCGCCCUGUCGCCCGCCAUCACGUUUGGUGGGCUCCUGGGGGAGAAGACCGGGAACCAGAUGGGGGUGUCAGAGCUGCUCAUCUCCACUGCCAUGCAGGGCAUCCUCUUUGCGCUUCUGGGCGCGCAGCCCCUGCUGGUGGUCGGCUUCUCAGGGCCGCUGCUGGUGUUCGAGGAUGCCUUCUACUCGUUCUGCGAGAGCAAUGGGCUGGAAUAUAUCGUGGGGCGCGCCUGGAUUGGCUUCUGGCUCAUCCUGCUCGUGGUCCUUGUGGUGGCCUUCGAGGGCAGCUUCCUGGUCCGCUUCAUCUCCCGCUACACCCAGGAGAUCUUCUCGUUUCUCAUCUCCCUCAUCUUCAUCUACGAGACCUUCUCCAAGCUGAUCAAGAUCUUCCAGGACCAUCCGCUGCAAAGGACGUACCCCAAUGUGCCGAUUGCGUCCAAGCUGCAGGGGCCCCUGCCCAACACAGCCCUCUUCUCGCUGGUGCUCAUGGCUGGCACCUUCAUCCUCGCCAUGAUGCUUCGCAAGUUCAAGAACAGCUCCUACUUCCCCGGCAAGCUGCGCCGGGUCAUCGGGGACUUCGGGGUCCCCAUCUCCAUCUUGAUCAUGGUCCUGGUGGAUUUCUUCAUCGAAGAUACCUACACCCAGAAACUCUCGGUGCCUGAUGGCCUCAAGGUGUCCAAUGCCUCUGCCCGGGGCUGGGUCAUCCACCCGCUGGGCCUGUACAGCCACUUCCCCAUAUGGAUGAUGUUUGCUUCCGCCCUGCCCGCCCUGCUGGUCUUCAUCCUCAUCUUCCUGGAGUCCCAGAUCACCACGCUGAUUGUCAGCAAACCCGAGCGCAAGAUGACCAAGGGCUCCGGCUUCCACCUGGACCUGCUGCUGGUGGUGGGCAUGGGCGGGGUGGCUGCACUGUUCGGGAUGCCAUGGCUCAGCGCCACGACCGUGCGCUCUGUCACCCAUGCCAAUGCCCUCACCGUCAUGGGCAAGGCCAGCACCCCGGGGGCCUCGGCCCAGAUCCAGGAGGUCAAGGAGCAGCGGAUCAGCGGGCUGCUGGUGUCGGUGCUGGUGGGCCUGUCCAUCCUCAUGGAGCCCGUGCUGUCCCGCAUCCCGCUGGCCGUACUGUUCGGCAUCUUCCUCUACAUGGGCGUCACGUCGCUCAGCGGCAUCCAGCUCUUCGACCGCAUCCUGCUGCUGCUGAAGCCGGCCAAGUACCACCCAGACUUGCCCUUCGUGAAGCGGGUGCGGACCUGGCGCAUGCACCUGUUCACGGCCAUCCAGAUCCUGUGCCUGGCGCUGCUGUGGGCAGUGAAGUCCACGCAGGCCUCGCUGGCGCUGCCCUUCGUGCUCAUCCUCACGGUGCCCCUUCGGCGCCUCCUGCUGCCGCUGCUGUUCAGCCGCCUGGAGCUGCAGUGUCUGGACGCCGACGACGCCAAGGCCCCCGUGGGGGAGGAGGACGGCCGCGACGAAUACGACGAAGUGCCGAUGCCCGUGUAGGGGCCGCGGGCCGCCCGGGCCACCCCGGAGAGCAGAGUGGCCGCCAGGGGUCUCGGCCCCUCGAGGGCGCACCGGCCUCUGCCUGGAGGUGCCGGAUCCGCAGGAGCCUGGUGUCUGCGCCCCACCUCUCCGGGCACAGCACAUCGGGGGGGCCCCUGGGGCCCCUGGCUUGUGACACGGGAUGCUCCUGCCUCUGCGUCCUCACCUGCAGCAGGGUGCGUGGGCGACACCCACGUUACCGAGGUCGCCGGGGGCGGAUGAGCAGGGCCGCACACGCUGGGGGCCCAGCGCUCCUGGCUGUGUCUGUCGAGUCCUCUUCCUCUUCCUGUCGCACCCUGAGACCAGAAAGGCGCUGUGGGGAGGCCAGGGAUCAACACUCAUGACCCCCUCUCCUGUGCCGGUGCUGGGGAGGUAGGGGGCGGAGGCAGGACGCUGCCCUGGGGGUGGGUCUGCAUGGGGGGGGUGUAAUUUAUUGUCUUUUCUGAGUGCUUCUGCUGUAUUUGGCUUCAGUGUGACGCCAAGGGCCCCGCUGGCCCAACCCGGCCCAAACUGAAUCCGGGAGAACCCAGGUCCGGCUGGUGAGGCAGCAGACAGGGCCUCUCCAGGGCGGGGGGAAAUCUUUUUUUUUUUUACAAAUCUAUAAAAAGAGUUGAAAGAACUGGAAGUGGGG